AUGAGUGUCAUUCGUCGAAAGAUCGCGUUGAUGGGUUGCUAUUGCGUCGGAAAAAGUUCGAUCACGGAGCGCUUUGUGUCCGGCAAUUUCUCCAACGACUAUGAGACGACCAUCGAGGACUUGCAAACAAAGAGCUACAAGUACGACGGAAAGGAUUUCCUUCUUCGAAUCAUGGAUACAGCUGGACAUCAACAAUAUUCGUUGUUUCCGCGAUCAUGUGCUUUUGAUGUGGACGGAUAUAUUCUUGUCUAUUCGAUCGAUGAUCGUCAUUCUUUCGAAAUCGUGCAAAUCAUCUACGACAAAAUUCGCGACCACAUGGGCGACGUAAAGUUCCCGGUGGUUUUGGUGGGCAACAAGAUCGAUUUGCAGUCGGAGUCGCGAGCUGUAACGAAGGAAGAGGGACUUCAGCUUGCACGCAGCUGGGAGGCUGUCUUUCUUGAAGUUUCGGCCAAGGAUAACAUUGGAAAGUCAAAAAACACGGUGAAACACGUCUUCGAGAAGGCUUUGCAAGAAAUUGAAAUGUCGAGGGGAAAUGUGCAACGCCGCAGCAACGAGCUUCGUGUACAGACUGGAAUGCCGUCGAUCUCGGCUCCAAACAGCCCUCGACGCAAACGAUCAUAUCCAGUGGCAGGAAAAUGGGUGAAUUCGUGCAACGAUGUUAAUCAAGAUGUCGAUGGAGGAGAUGAAGUUUGCGAAAAUCCAAUAAAAGCUGCGCAAUGGCGAGCACUAAGCGAAAAGCGAAAUAAUAUCAAUCAGUUUCUGGAACUGCAUCGUGAAGAAGGACUACAUUUUUAUCUUGAUGAGCUUCGACAUUUUGCUACAACGCGCGGAGGGUUGAUAGAUGAUGAUUUUAGAGCUGAAAUCUGGCCGAUUCUGGCUGAAAGAAUGGUGACGUGUGAAGACGAGGAUUGCACUGAUGCCACACCAAGCUGCACUGUUAGUCGAUCAACGAGUGGAUCGGAUCUGCAAACUUCAGAUUUUGAAUCAGCUAUGUCCGAGAUGACUAAUGAAGAAACGACGCCAAUUGCUGAUCCCGAGGAAAGUGGCGUUGAUGCUGAGAAUGAACGUCUUGAGAAACUUCAAGAGCACAAAGAGUGGCGACAGGUUGACAUGGAUGUUCAGAGAACACUUGCUCGUUUUCCUCCAAACAUUUCUGAGCAACAUCGAACAACUUUGCAAGAGGAUCUCACUCCUUUGAUUGUACAAAUUCUUUCCACGAAUCCCGGUUUCAACUAUUAUCAAGGUUUUCAUGACGUUUUAUUGACGUUUUUGCUGGUUCUGGGGAAGGAGAAAGCUCUGAAGGUUGGAUUGGAUAUCACACGAUCGGGCUCUUUUCGAGCUUACUUGCUAAAGUCGUUGGAAGACAGUGUGUUGAAAGAACUGAACCUCGUUUAUGUCAUUCUCUCUCGAGCAGAUCCAGAAUUAGAAGAGGUAAUGAGAAGCGUCAAUCUUGGUGGCCUUUUUGCUUUAAGUUGGCCAUUAACUUGGUUCUCGCAUUCUUUGCACAAUUAUCAUCAGAUUGUUCGUUGCUUUGAUGUUUUUCUCGCCAGCCAUCCUUUAUUCCCAAUCUAUGUCACUGCCGCUGUUGUUAUGUACAGACGAGCUGCCGUGCUUUCAGUUGAACAGGAGAUGCCGUUUAUUCAUCACUGUUUGAACACCAUGCCUCACGAGAUUCCCGUCGAUGAGAUCAUUGCUGAUGCCACUUACUUGAUGAAACUAAUGCCACCAGUCCUUCUAAAAGGCCGUUACUUGGAAGAGUAUCAACGCAAUGUCUCUUCAUCGCCGGUCAAGACAAGGGGCGUUUCAAAGCUUCCGAGGUAUGCUCUUCAAUUGGCCGUUAUGGGCGCUGCGGGGGCCGCAGCCGGAUAUUUCCUUCUCACUAGAUACCAAAUU